AUGGACCUUGCGACAAUGAAUACGAAACUUACUAAUGGCGAAUAUAAUGACCCUGUCGAGUAUCGCGCUGACCUAUUGCUUAUGUUUGCUAAUGCUAUUGAGUUCAAUCAAGAUGAUGAACGUGAGGAUUCUGUCGCAAGUGUUGCACGUGUAUUCCAGAAAGUGGCAUUGGAUAAAUGGGAUCAAUAUUUCUCAGAAGCCGUUACGUCGGAUUGGGCACUUAAGGCUGAAACACAAGCACAGGAGCGUUUUAUUCAACGUGCUAAGGAGAGUCAUGUGUUAAACCGAUGGAAGAGAGAUUCAUUUGUGACGAGAUUGAAUCGAGAUAAAUUGGAUGAACGUAGACGCUUGGCGGAAUCCACUGGAGAGUAG